CUCAAACCUCAAAAAGACUGAAAGUCCUCUCCUCUCUCUCUCUCUCAAUUUCUCUCUCUAAAGCCUUCAAAACCUAAAACAACAAAGCCUUCUUUCAGAGCUAUCUCUGUGUCUCAUCUCCUUCAAUUUUCCAUGUCUGAUGAAGCAAGAGAUCUCUUUCACCAUGACCCAUUUAAUGAAGAUGAUGAUCAUUAUCAAUCAGCUUUCCAAUUCUCUCAGCCUCAUCAGAGUCAUUAUCAUCCCUCUAUGUAUUAUAACCAAACUGUUCAUGGGGUUGGAGAGACUUCUUCAUCUAGGGAUCUGCAUGGAUCUGAUCCUUCUUCUUUCAUGUCCUUCACUGACUGUUUACAUGGUUCAAUAGAUUACAAUUCACUAGCAAGAGCCUUCGACUUUUCAUGCUCAUCGCCGGAUGUUUUCGGCUCCUCCGAUAACACUGCUCUGAAGUUGGGUAGUCAGGGCGAUUCAGUGGGUACUGGUGACAUUUCAGCCACGGCGACGGCGAAUUCAUCGGUAUCAUCGUCUUCGAGUGAGGCAGCUGGUGAGGAAGACUCAGGGAAGAGCAAGAAAGAUCAACAGCACAAAGGUUGUGAAGAAGGACCUGAAGGGCAAGAAAAGUCUAAGAAAGUAAACAAACCCAAAAAGAAAGUAGAGAAGAGGCAAAGAGAACCGCGAUUUGCUUUCAUGACAAAAAGCGAGGUUGAUCAUCUUGAAGACGGAUACAGAUGGAGAAAAUAUGGGCAGAAGGCAGUCAAGAAUAGUCCUUACCCAAGGAGCUAUUAUAGGUGCACCAGUCAGAAGUGCACUGUGAAGAAAAGGGUGGAAAGAUCAUUUCAGGACCCUUCAAUUGUGAUUACAACAUAUGAAGGCCAACACAUCCAUCCUAGCCCGGCAACACUUCGAGGGAAUGCCGCUGCCGGACUAUUAAUGUCGCCUUCUAUGUUAACAGCACCACCAACCAGACCCAUCUUCCCCCAAGAUUUUCUGAUUCAAAUGCCUCAAACAAGCAACCAGCAAGGCACUGAAACAAGCUCCAUCUAUCCACAAAACCUAACGAGUAUUCGGCAGCUUCAGCUUCCAGACUAUGGUCUUCUGCAGGACAUAGUUCCUUCUUUCAUCCAAAAACAAGAACCAUGAAGCCUCUACUUAAGCUAUCUAUACCUCUAAUUAUCCUACUUACAUUGUCUUCCUACAUGUAUUUAGUAUUCUACCAUGAACCUAUACAUGUAUGGUAUGUGUUAGGGUGUUAAAUUCAUCUUUUGGACUUAUUAGAGCACGAAUAUUCUUCUUGUUCUUACAAAACGUGCUUCAGUUAUGUCAAAAGGUGUAUCAUACCUUUCUCUUCUUGAAAAGGUGGUCUGUUAUGUUUGCAAUAUGAGAAAUGAGGUUAAGAAGGAUUGCAUGCUUUUACUAAAA